CUUGAAACCCGCUCGACAGGUCGGACUGCAGUAGUACUGCGGACAUGGGAUGCAUAUCAAUACUCCGAUAAUCAGCUCGCCUGGAUGCGAGCUAUGAUAACAGAGCUUUCCUUGGAUACUGGCGGCCGGUUCCAGCUUUUCAUACUCGUAAAUGUUAAGGACAACUCACUCGACCUAUUCAACGAUCAAACCUAUGCACAAGUUCUGGAGAGGAGGGUUCCCGAAGAGUUCCGCGACUUGGCAUUGCUCUACAACGAAGCGAUCCUUCGUGAGUGGUAUCCGAAAGUCGGCGAAUAUGGUGCUCAGGAUCAGAUGUACCAGGCUUUGCAGAUAUUCAGCCACACGUUUCCAGAAUUUGAUUUUGUGUGGCAACUAGAGAUGGACGCAAGGUUCACAGGCAAUGUCGCGAAGAUGCUUAUGAAUGCUGGCGAUUGGGCCAAGCGUCAACCUCGAAAAAACCUCUGGGAGCGAAACGGCCGCAUCUGGGGUCCUCAUCCCUAUGCGCAGUUCUACCUUGAUCCACAAGGUCCUAAGCCACCGACCAAGAGGAACGACAUCUGGGGCGUAGGAGAAGAAGCCGAGCUGAUCACCUUGUCGCCACUUAUUGAUCCUGUCAGCACAAAAUGGACUUAUGAGUCUACGGUUCAUGGUUUUGAGCCGGCACUCUACUUACCCCGUCGCAUGGCCAUAGUCAGUAUGACACGCACAUCCCGACGUCUACUCCGCUUGAUCUCCCAUGAACAGCGACAGACAGGCUCUUGGGUAGUCAGCGAAUCGACACCUGAGACUUGGUCUUUGUUGCACGGACUCAAAGCGGUCUACGUUCCUCACCUGGUAGCUUUCAAUAUGGACACUCACAGCGAGACGCCAGAAGAACGAGGACUGGAGUUGGACCGUAUGAUUCACAAGGGACCUGCUUGGAAUUCUGCUGGUGGUGAGCAUGCGGGAUUGCUGUGGUGCCCUGAUGUAGGGUUGCCGGAGCACAAGUGGCUGAAAGCCAGUUAUUUCUACUGGGCUGGUGACGCGCCCAGAGUGUGGUGGGCGUACACCAACGGGACCUGUACUUAUCCCUUGGUUUUACACCCUGUCAAGUCAGACUGA